GGGCGCAAAAGGGGGCGCGCUUCCUGCCCGCGGGUCUCCGGAAUGAGGAGACUGACUGUGUGGUGGCUGCUGAGCAGGGUCUGUCUGCUGCUGCCGCCGCCACCCUGCGCGUUGGUGCUGGCCCGGGUGCCCAGCUCCUCCUCGCACCCGCAGCCCUGCCAGAUCCUCAAGCGCAUCGGGCACGCGGUGAGGGUGGGCGCGGUGCACCUGCAGCCCUGGACCCCUGCCCCCGGCGCCCCGCACGAUGAGCCCGGGCGGGGGACGUGGCGGGCCCUGGCGCCCUCACCGGGCGCACGCUGGUCGGGGAGCGCCCUGCGCGGCCGGGGGCCACCAGGCGCGCGCCAACCUGGGCAGAGCGCCGGGGCCGAGACCCUGUGGCCGCGGGACGCCCUCCUCUUCGCUGUGGACAACCUGAACCGCGUGGAGGGACUGCUGCCCUACAACCUGUCCCUGGAAGUCGUGAUGGCCAUCGAGGCGGGCCUGGGCGACCUUCCGCUCAUGCCCUUCUCGUCCCCCAGCUCGCCGUGGAGCAGUGACCCCUUCUCCUUCCUGCAGAGCGUGUGCCACACCGUGGUGGUGCAAGGGGUGUCUGCGCUGCUCGCCUUCCCCCAGAGCCAAGGCGAGAUGCUGGAGCUCGACCUGGUCAGCUCCGUCCUGCACAUCCCGGUGAUCAGCAUCUUGCGCCGCGAGUUUCCGCGGGAGAGUCAGAAUCCCCUUCACCUACAACUGAGUUUAGAAAAUUCUUUAAGAUCUGACGCGGAUGUCACCGUCUCAGUCCUGACCAUGAACAACUGGUACAAUUUUAGCUUGUUGCUGUGCCGGGACGACUGGAACAUCUCCGACUUCCUCCUCCUCACCCAGAAUAAUCCCAGGUUCCACCUCGGCUCUGUCAUCAGCAUCACCACCAACCUCUCCUCCACUGAGGACCUGGUGAGCUACCUGCAGGUCCAGCUUGAGGCCAUCAAGGACAGCACGCCCACCAUGGUGAUGUUUGGCUGCAACAUGGAAAGUAUCCGCCAAAUCUUUGAAAUCGGCACCCACUUCGGGUUCACACCCCCCGAGCUCCAUUGGGUGCUGGGGGAUUCCCAGAAUGUGGAGGAACUGAGGACCGAUGGUCUGCCCCUGGGGCUCAUUGCUCAUGGAAAAACAACGCAGUCUGUCUUUGAGUACUAUGUCCAAGACGCGAUGGAGCUGGUGGCCAGAGCCGUAGCCACAGCCACCAUGAUCCAGCCAGAGCUUGCUCUCGUUCCCAGCACGAUGAGCUGCAUGGAUGUGAAAGCCACAAAUAUCACUUCGGGACAAUAUUUAUCAAGGUUUCUAGCCAACACCACUUUCCGAGGCCUCAGUGGUUCCAUCAGAGUGAAGGGUUCCACCAUCGUCAGCUCAGAAAACAGCUUUUUCAUCUGGAAUCUACAGCAUGACCCUUUGGGAAAGCCAAUGUGGACUCGCUUGGGCAGUUGGCAGGGGGGGGAAAUUGUCAUGGACUAUGGGCUAUGGCCAGAGCAGUCCCAGAGGCACAAAACCCACUUCCAGCACCCAAGUAAGCUGCACUUGCGCGUGGUUACCCUGAUUGAGCACCCUUUUGUUUUCACUCGAGAGGUAGAUGAUGAAGGCUUGUGCCCUGCUGGCCAACUCUGUCUAGACCCCAUGACUACGAACUCCUCUGUAUUGGACAGCCUUUUCAGCAGCCUCCAUAGCACUAACGAUACAGUGCCCAUUGCGUUCAAGAAGUGCUGCUAUGGAUAUUGCAUUGACCUGCUGGAAAAGCUAGCAGAAGAUAUGAACUUUGACUUUGACCUCUAUAUAGUUGGGGAUGGGAAGUAUGGAGCCUGGAAAAAUGGGCACUGGACUGGGCUGGUGGGCGAUCUUCUGAGUGGGACAGCCCACAUGGCAGUCACUUCCUUCAGCAUCAAUACUGCUCGAAGCCAGGUGAUAGAUUUCACCAGCCCUUUCUUCUCCACCAGCUUGGGCAUCUUGGUGAGGACCCGAGACACAGCAGCUCCCAUUGGAGCCUUCAUGUGGCCACUCCACUGGACCAUGUGGCUGGGGAUUUUUGUGGCUCUGCACAUCACUGCCAUCUUCCUCACUCUGUAUGAAUGGAAGAGCCCUUUCGGCAUGACGCCCAAGGGACGAAAUCGAAGCAAAGUUUUCUCCUUCUCUUCAGCCUUGAAUGUCUGUUAUGCGCUCUUAUUUGGCAGAACAUCGGCCAUCAAACCCCCCAAAUGCUGGACUGGACGGUUUCUCAUGAACCUCUGGGCCAUUUUUUGUAUGUUUUGCCUUUCUACUUACACGGCAAACUUGGCUGCUGUCAUGGUAGGGGAGAAGAUCUAUGAAGAACUUUCAGGAAUACAUGACCCUAAGCUCCAUCAUCCCUCUCAAGGCUUCCGGUUUGGAACUGUCCGGGAAAGCAGUGCUGAAGAAUAUGUGAGACAAAGCUUCCCAGAGAUGCAUGAGUAUAUGAGAAGGUACAAUGUACCAGCCACCCCGGAUGGAGUGGAGUAUCUAAAGAAUGAUCCGGAGAAACUAGACGCCUUCAUCAUGGACAAAGCCCUUCUGGACUACGAAGUGUCAAUAGAUGCUGACUGCAAGCUUCUGACUGUGGGGAAGCCGUUUGCCAUAGAAGGAUACGGCAUUGGUCUCCCGCCAAACUCUCUCCUGACCUCUAAUAUAUCUGACUUAAUCAGUCAAUACAAGUCACACGGGUUUAUGGAUGUGCUGCAUGACAAGUGGUACAAGGUGGUUCCCUGUGGCAAGAGAAGUUUCGCUGUCACCGAGACUUUGCAAAUGGGCAUCAAGCACUUCUCUGGCCUCUUCGUGAUGCUGUGCGUUGGACUCGGCGUGUCCGUCUUGACCACCGUCGGGGAGCACAUUGUGCACAGGCUCCUGCUGCCACGAAUCAGAAAUAAGUCCAAGCUCAAGUACUGGCUCCACACCAGUCAGAGACUGCACCGAGCACUGAACACAUCUUUUGUGGAAGAAAAGCAGCAGUGCUUCCAGACCAAGCAUGUGCAGAAAAGGUCCAAUAUGGGGCCCCGUCAGCUCGCCGUGUGGAAUACCUCCCACCUGAGUCAUGACAACCGGUGCAAACCCAUCUUUAACGAGGAGGGAGGCCCCGACCAGCUGGGCCUCCAGACCCCCCAGGACCUCCCUCUCCCUCCCAGGCGAAAAGAGCUCCCCGCCUCCCUGACCACCAACGGGAAGGCAGAUGCCCUCCACGUGGCGGCUCGGGACUCGGUGAUGCAGGAACUCUCGGAGCUGGAGCAGCAGAUCCAGGUGAUCCGCCGGGAGCUGCAGGCGGCUGUGAGCAGGAAAACAGAGCUGGAAGAGUUUCAAAGGACAAACCGGACUUGUGAGUCCUAGGCGGUCACAGCGGCCCCUUCUCGGUCCUUGGCACUCCUCUGAGACACUUUGAAACAAAUGCUCUUUUGUACCUACUGGCCAAGGUGUGGGGAGGCUGGGGCUCCGGGUGUUUGGAGAGGUCCAGACUGUUCUCCUGAGCCUGGACAGCAGCAGCAGCACUUUCUUCCCAAGCUCAUUCCCAGGCCUCCAGGAUGGGAGUCUUUUUCACAGGGGUAGCUCAAAUAAGUCUAAGCAGUGGUUCUCCAUUUUCCUCAUGCCGCACCCCCUUCACACAGUUCCUCGUGUUGUGGUGAACCCCCCAACCAUAACAUGAUUUUUGUUGCUACUUCAUCACUGUCAUUUU